AUGGCCGAGUCUCUGGAGCACAACGGAAAUUCUCCGCGUCGACUCGGGUCCGUUCUCAGAGGACUACAGUCAACCUUCCACCACCACGUUGCAAAGGGCAUCGGACGAAUUGACAAAACGGUGUCUUCUUCCGUCAUCGGUCGCUUCUUCAAACUCGAGGGUAGCGGUCAUGCAAGUGAGAUUACCGGCUCCUCCUUUGUGAAAGAGCUCCGGGCUGGUGCCACCACAUUCGCAACGAUGGCCUAUAUUAUUGCGGUUAACGCCACCGUUCUGUCGCAGACAGGGGGCACCUGCGCAUGUAGCCUGGAGGAUCGAACCAAGUGUGACGAUGUCCCGGGUUACAAAGCAUGCAAGGAGGAUAUUCGACGAGAUCUUGUUACCGCCACUUCCGCCAUAGCCGGUCUCUCAAGCUUCGUGUUCGGUCUCUUCACCAAUCUCCCCGUCGCCGUUGCACCGGGCAUGGGCAUGAAUGCAUACUUUGCGUUCCAAGUCGUCGGUCCCAAUGGCUCCGGCCCCAUCUCGUACCAGGUCGCCCUGACCGCCGUCUUCGUAGAGGGCCUCGUCUUCAUUGUCCUCGCAUUGACGGGGAUGCGCCAAUGGCUCGUGAAACUGAUUCCCGCCACGAUAAAGACGGCGACCGGUGUUGGCAUUGGCUUGUUCUUGGCCGAGAUAGGGCUGUCGUACUCGGCCGGCAUCGGCGCCAUCACUGGAGGCUUCAAAGCCACGCCCCUGGCUAUUGCAGGGUGCCCGGAAGAGAUGAUUGAUCCAGAGACCCGGAUGUGUGAGGGCGGCAUCAUGUCGAGCCCCAAGAUGUGGACGGCCAUUCUUGCUGGGGGGAUUGUCUCUGCCUACCUAAUGUCCUUCCGAGUCAAAUAUGCCCUCAUUGUUGGAAUCGCUCUGGUGUCCAUUUCGUCUUGGCCCCGCAAUACCCAUAUCACCUACUUCCCCAACGACGAAGAAGGGAAUAUGCGGUUCGACUUCUUCAAGUCAAUCGUCUCCUUCCACCCCAUCCGAAACACACUGAACGUGCUCGACUGGCGUAUAAGUGAGGACAGCUCCCAGUUCGCCCUGGCCCUCUUCACCUUCCUUUACGUCGACAUCAUCGACGCCACUGCGACGUUGUAUUCCAUGGCUCGCUUCUGCGGGGCCAUCGACACGCAAGAUGCCGACUUUCCGCGGUCCACGACGGCAUACUGCUGUGAUGCGGCUUGCAUCUCGGUGGGGGCGCUGUUUGGCUGUUCGCCCGUGACGGCGUUCAUCGAGAGCGGCGCCGGCAUUGCCCAGGGCGGGCGAACGGGGCUGACUGCCAUGUUCACGGGCGUUUGCUUCAUCGUGGCCAUCUUCUUCGCGCCCGUUUUGGCGUCGAUCCCCCCCUGGGCAACCGGUUGCACAUUGGUCCUGGUAGUCGGUUGUAUGAUGAUUCAACAAAUCACCCGGAUCAACUGGCGUUAUCUGGGAGAUGUUCUGCCUUCGUUUGUGGUGAUAGCAUUCGUCCCAUUUUCGUACAGUGUCGCAUAUGGCCUUAUCGCCGGCAUCUUCGUCUACGCCGUGCUCAACGGUCUCAUCGCAUGCACGGUAUGGGCCAGCGGUGGGAGGCUGGAACCCGAGGAGUACGACGCAAAGGAAUAUUGGUCCUGGAGAGGCUCGGGAAGAGCCCCAUGGUUCAUCCGGGCCAUUGCACGAAAGAAAUCGGUCGGCAAGGCGGACAAGCGAAUCGUCGAACGGCCCGGAAGAAUGGGGACUUCUUUCAACGACGAGUCCCGCCCUGGUUCAUCUGAUCGGAAUGACGAAAUGGAGAUGGAGAUGGAAUCGAUGCCGCAACAGAAUCCCGUCACUCCAAUGGCUCACUCUAAAUAA